CUGAAGGUGGCUAAGAGAAUCCGAAAGCGGUUAAAACCACACAACUCUGGGAUAGAGCAGGUUAUGACUGUGCCCGAGGCCAAGAGAAAUCUCUCAUGUUCCGCAGGUAUAAAGACGUCACAAAUCCGAAGUUGGUCCACUCUAGCUACUGGCAUCAUCAGAUAUCCGCCAUGGCAUUUUGGGUCGCCCGGGUCCUGAGCCACUUGGCUGUUGUAUCCAGUGUCCUACGUCACGUUUCAGGAGAGCAGCAUGUAAACCAGCUUGUGGAAAGGCAGACUUCUUUCCAACCGCGCGGUUUUCUAGAUUCUUGCGUUGAUUGGGGCACACUGAUGAACGAAAGAUAUAAGAUGGUCGCGUUUUGCAGGACCACAACGGGCGAUUGGAACUGGUCGGUCCUUGACUUGAACCAUUGUAUAGUGAAUCGCGACGGUUCUUUGAUGGCGCAAGACGAUGGAUCCUUCUUCCUGUCUGCCGGUCCCUGCUCGUCUGAUAACGCAACGAAGUCGUGGGCCAAUUAUAAGUGCAGCACGCAAAACGACGACAGCGACGAGCGUCACGUUGAUCACGGGAUAGACCUUAAUUUGGUAGUCGGUAAUGACAAUGGUACUCUUUCUGUGGUCAACAACCCCACAAGGGGCUUACGCUCAGCCAAGGGCAAGCUGGCUGGUCUGGCUUGGGUGUGGUGAACUAGGGUGGCAGCGGACAGUUGUCGGUGCAUUUGGAUCGGUCACUCUCAUCUCAGCAUAGCACCCUCGUUACGGGCCUUGGUGGAGCGUAGGCUGGUCCGUGAUCGUUGAUGAGCGGCGGUAGCCAUGCGCGGACGUCUGACGAGUUCAAUGCAGCGCUCGAUAGGGUGGACUAGAAGCGCCUACUUGGGCUAGGUAAAGCAGUAUAGCCGUCGCGAAUACUCGUCCUUACCUUGGCCUUCCCAGAGCAUCCAUCCCAUGGGGAUGAAUGAUUCGCGGUCGUGAUGCUGAACG